CACUUCAUUUCCGCCCUCCGUGACAGGAGGAAGACACGUGUUUAGCAUCUUGUCACGUUAUUAUUAUUCACUUUUUAUUACUUUUGAUUCAACAAAUUUCGCCCGUCGCCAAUAUUUCUGCGUUACCAGUGACUUCCAGCAAGAGGCGCUGGUUAGCCGUUUAACUGGGAUUCAGUACAUUCCCCCUCUGUUUCCCUCUUUUCCCUCUCGGUACUAGCUAGCUAAAUCGCCCGCGUUUCCGUACCUCUGUCCCCAAGUCUGCACGCCGACAUGCCAGAGUACCUGGAAGACCCGUCUUCGCUCACCAAGGACAAGCUGAAGAGCGAGCUGUUGGCUAACAACGUGGAGCUACCCGGCGGCAACCCGACCAAGGACGUGUACGUGCAGCUGUACCUGAAGAACCUGACCGCUCAGAACAAAAAACUCGCCAUGGACACGGCCGCGACAUGGGACGCCUUCUCCAGCGACGAGGAGCUGCCGCCGCCUGUGAUCUCCAACAGAAGCCGCUCCUCCGGCAGAAAAGCCACCAGGAAAACAGACAAGGUUCAGCUGGACGAGGUGGAUGUGACCGUGCUGACCGACGAGGGCCUGAGGGACGAGCUGCUUAAGCACGGCGUGGAUGUGGGGCCAGUCGUGGCAUCCACGCGCAAAUUGUACGAGAAGAAGCUGCAGAAGCUCCUGGACAAUGGGCCCACACCAGUUCUCCCACCACAGCAAGUCAACCACAAUGGCCACUCUGAAUCAGACCUGUACAGUGACAAGGAAGAUGAAGUGACAGCAGAACCAGAACCUGUAGCAGAGGUGAUACAGGAGCCUGAACCAAUUCCAGUGGUGGAGAGACCGUUGAGGAGCCGAGGGAAGACGCCCGUCACCACACGCACCCGCAGCAGCCAGCACCAAACGGUGGAGAAGAUCACAGCCAGUGAACAAAACACUAAAGUGGUGGAGAAGAAGGAGGUGCUGAAGGAGCUGUUCCCCAAUGACCUCAACAGUCCAACAGGAAUCUCCGCCACCUGUCGGCGUCCUAUCAGAGGAGCAGCUGGUCGUCCACUGAUGCCCAGCGACCUGUGGAACAAUGAAAACAGCUUGUUCUCUCCAAAGAUCACCAAGACCAGCAGCUCCUCGUGCUACACAGAGAGCCGCACUGUCAACAGAGUCAACAGCUUGCCCCCCUCUCUUGCUUCCAACACCACUUCCUCCUCCUCUGCCAGGCUUUUGUCUGCUGCGCCCCCUGCAGUUCAGACCAAAGUAGCGCGCCGCGGCAUGUCUCUGUGGAUUAAGCUGUUCCUGCUGGCCAUCGUGGCUGCGUUCCUGUUCUUGGUGUACCAGGCCAUGGAGACCAACGGCAUCGGUCCAUUCAUAACCUCAGACAAAGAAGAGGUCAGUGGCAGCACAGCGUAGAGAGCUCAGCGUCUGAGGGGUUAGGGGAAGCCUGUCUGCUUCCAUGGUUUUUGUUUUUUUUUUGUUUUCCAAGUGUGAAUCUGCAUUGUAGCCAUUUUUCACAGGUGCUGUGAGGUUACCUCUUCACCCCCUUAUCGUCAGCCAUCUUUAUUUUUUUAUAUAUAUAUAUAGUCCUCUUUUUUUUUCCUCCUUCAUUCUAAAGUAGUUUUUACUGAAUCCCUAAGGUGACGCGACUGUUUCAGAGACACUUCUAAGGAUUUCCAUGACAUGUGAAAGGACAGUACAGCACCUCGGCCUCACUGUCCCUGGGGUCACAACAAAGCCAGCCACUGCUCCACUUUGAGAGACACAAACACAGAUGACAUCAUAAUCCAUGUGGACUCAAUUUUUUUUUACUGAGUUUUGUUUAAUGUCAGCGUGUGUGUGUGUUUGUGAGAGAGAAAUAUUUUUCUUUAGAUUUUUUUUUUUUUUCACUUUUUGCCUUUGCUUCUGUCUCUCAGUCCUUUUAAAGCCUCCAAGAUGGAAUUUGAACCUGUAAUGUUGUUUUGUACUUGACCAUCUUUGACAUGGAGGCCUCUCAUCUUAAUUGAAUGCUUCUAUAUCUUCUUAAACCUUAUGACAAUAUUUUCUUAAUGUUCUCUUAUAAUAAAAUUGAAUGUCCCAGUGUAUCCUACUUAAUUAUGUAUUCACUGUCACAAAUAAUAAACAUCUACCCAGUA